CCUCCAUAGAUAGGUCGCCCUCUAUUUGAUUUGAUUUCGUUGAGAUACAAAAUAUAAGUUUCAAAUAAGCAGCAAUGGUCAUUGCAGCCGUGGGGCAACUAUGCUCGACCGCGAGCAUGACUGCGAAUUUGGCCCAGUGUCAAAUACUGGUGCGCAAAGCAGUCGCGGCCGGGGCUAAAGCAUUAUUUCUUCCUGAAGCAUCAGACUAUAUUGCGUCUUCACCAGCAGAGUCCGUCUCACUUGUGCGCUCAGUGCAUGAUAGCGAAUUUGUAUUAGGUCUACAGAAAGAGGCCCAGCAGUCGAGUUUGCACAUAAAUGUCGGCAUUCAUGAACCCGCCCCGGAUGGCAGAGUCAAAAAUACACUUGUCUGGAUCAAUGAUAAGGGGAUUAUAACGCAACGCUAUCAAAAAGUCCAUUUAUUUGAUGUAGACAUUAAAGGCGGCCCAGUACUUAAAGAAAGCGCGAGUGUCGAGAAAGGAAUGGAAAUUGUAACUCCAUUUGAUACUCCGGUUGGACGCGUUGGCUUAGCCAUAUGUUUCGAUCUCCGUUUUCCUGAGAUCAGUCUGGCGUUGAAACGACAAAAUGCUCAGCUUAUCGUCUAUCCUUCGGCAUUCACAAUCCCCACAGGAAAGGCCCAUUGGGAAACCCUAUUACGAGCUAGAGCUAUUGAAACCCAGUCAUAUGUGAUAGCAGCAGCACAAGCGGGCCCCCACAAUGAGAAGAGAAGAAGCUACGGUUAUUCCAUGAUUGUGAACCCCUGGGGAGAGGUUGUAGCCCAACUUGGUGACGAAUACACAGAGCCGCAAAUCGCCAUUGCGGAUAUAGAUUUGAACCUUCUAGCGAAGGUCAGGAGAGAGAUACCACUACUUAGAAGGACGGACAUAUAUCCAGAAAUAUAACCGCCUAGGGGUUGGAGUAGUGGCUAGACGGCAAGGGCAGGGUAAAUAUCCUCUGUGUCUAGCUUACCGGUGAAUCAAGUCAAAGGAUGGAACUAGUCGAUAGAUAGAACA